UUUUCGCAUUUGCGUGAAUGGUAAAUGGGGUCCAAGACAGCCACUGGCUCCGGGAACGAGCUGUGGUGUUGCGCCUAACCCGUCGUCUGCAUAAGGCAUGGAUUGCGUUGAGGAUACUCGAUAUUGGGAGGGCCUGGAGUCAAAGGGGCAAUACGUAGUAGGAUCUACUAGGUUUUUGUGGUUUCUUGCGAUAGAGAAAGUGAAGGUGGUAUUCACGAGGUGGAACGGGGAAGGAUAGUCUUCUAUUAA